UAAACGAUCUAAAGGAAAUGUUAGAGAGAUUCAAAGACACUCUCGAGAAGGAGAACAAGGAAUGAGGAAUAUUCAAAAUCGUAAAAAAAUUUAAAAUUUGGUUUAUUAAAUUCUAAAUUAAUUGGAUAUCCAGAUAGUACCAUACCGUGAGGGCGAAUAAAAAAUGCUUAAGGUAGUGCAGAAGUUAAUUCAACUCUUACAGCCCAGGAUGAGCCAAUUUGCUCAAAGCAAUAAGAAUUUAUCCAAACAUUUGUUUGAAAAAGCAAGGGCGCAGGAGAAUAUUCAUUUCUUAAAACUGCAAAGAGAGCAGCUAAAGUCCCUGAGAGAAAAAAUUCUCAGUCAGAAGAACGAAGUCACGACGAAGAUCAUCAAAGUGGAUAAACUGAUACAAUCUUUGGAAAAGACCAAGAAAGAAAUUAAUUGAAAUCGCAUAAAAUCUAUCGUGCAGUUCAGGUCCACUUUUUAAACAUAAAGGAUUUUUAAUAAAGUGUGGCAGAAACCAAAA